GUCACCUCCUCCCUACUCCCCUCCCUCCUCGCACCCGCCGCCGUCACCCUCACCCCGACGCCUCGCUGGAGUCCGAGCUCGACCUCGAGCGCUACCGCGAUCUGCCGUCGCCGUCGGAGGAAGAAGAACACGAACAGCAACAAGGUAAACGAAUUCAGUUUUACCUUAAUUAUUUAUGGAUUUUCAUCUCCUGCUUUAUUAUAGCUUUGCAUUAAUUGACGUUUGAAUUUUUUGAUUAAUCUUGAUUAUGAAGUAGCUUUGACAUUUAGGUUUGUCAGAAAAUGAAAAAAAAAAAAAAGUGAAGCAGUUACAGUUAAUUAUAGCUACAUUAAGCUUUGUUGAUUUGGGUUAAUGUUAAUAAGAUUUAUCAAGAGGAACACUGUCAUUUGAUAUGGUUGAACGAGUUUUCUUCGUGUGUAUGUGUGAGAUUAUCUAGUUAAAAGCACGAGCCACGGUUUGGUGGACAACUGUUAAAGGCUAAGUGAGCUAAGUGAAUUAAUUGUGGACUUUUUUUUUGGAUGAAGCAAAGUUAAAGGGAAGAAUGUUUAGCUAAAAAUAUAGGAAAUGUAGUUUACUGUAAGCUUUUGCUCCAAGUGGUGAUUACUCAUAGUUGAAGUUUGGUUAUGCAACGAAAACCCUGGUAGUUGCUUGGAUAGACUAAUAUGGUCGUCUGCUAGAGAACAUAGAGUAAAAAAAAGAGAGGGCUGGUUCAUGAAACCACGUAAAACAUGGAAUCUGCAUAAUUGGUAGUAAUCGCAUAUGGACAUUCAGUGGUCCUCUGUUUUGUAUGGAAUUGGUGAUGACGGAGGGGGUCAAGCCUGUGAUUGGUUGUGAGGCGCGAGUUUUCUUUCUUGUUUCUAUUAGUGUUGUUCUUCUUGCAUUAUUUUUCAAGUUUGCAGGAUGGAAUGUAAUUUGCAACAGUUUCAUAUCUCAGAGACGCAAGUAAGAGUAUUCCUAUCUAACUUUUUCUUUUUCUUUUUCCCUCCGCUGUUUGUAUAGAAUGGAUGAUGUGUAUAAAUGGCUUCACUCUUAUAUGAAAGUAAGAUUUUGAUUUUGAUUGUUUUCAUUUCCAGAUGCAGGCAAUGAUACAGAUGUGCCGAACACCGGUGGCUAUCACUCUGUUGCCUUUGCAUAUGGAGGCACGGAUGAGUCAACAGAGCAGAAGACCAACAACUCUGAGCCUGUUUUUCGUCCAGCCUUUCCAGUGCCAGAAUGUUUGAUUCAAAACCUUUAUGGCCAGAUGAUAAUUGCUAAGGUGCAUGUCUUACUCUAAGGCUUAUCAUGUCUAAGUUUCAGAUGCUCGGAGCAGGCAUGCAGUUCUUGUUACCAAGGGUCUGUCCAGGUGGGAUUAGGAUGGUUGAAACUUAUUAAAUCUUUUUGCUUGUGAGCGAAUCGGAAGAAAACAUGUCUUUGUAGAGUUAUAUUCUUUGUUCGCCAUGGUUAUCUUUGGGUUUAUCUUGAGGUUCAGAGAGUUUAACUUGGGGUGAUUAAUUCAUUAUGAGACUUAUUUUGAGAUGAAACUGCAUUUACUGGAAAUUGUCAGACUUCUGAAGGUUUUGUUUUUCUGUUUUUCCUUUCCCCAGCCUGAAACAGAAAAGAUACAUCAGAUCAUUGCAAGAACAGCUAUGUUUGUUGCCAAGCAUGGUGGGCAGUCAGAAAUUGUUUUGAGGGUGAAACAGGGAGACAAUCCAAUGUUUGGGUUCUUGAUGCCUGACCAUCACCUUCAUGCGUACUUUAGGUUUCUCAUCGAUCACCAAGAACUACUCAAGGAGGGAAUAUCCGUACAGGAAGAGAAGAAAAACAAUGGUGGUCUUGAUCAGACUGGUGGAGCAUUGUCUUUGCUUGGUUCUGUAUAUGGGUCUGGAGAGGAUGAGGAUGACACGGCUGAGGAUGCAUCUGGCUUGCAGAAACUGAACUCUCAUGAAGCUGUUAAUGCAAUUAGUGCAAUUAUGCAUGGAUCAGAGCAGAAAGAAUCUACUGGAACUGUAACUGGGAAAAAUGAUAUUGUUUCAAAAUUUCUUUGUCCUCCUUUGAAGGAGAAAGUUAAUUUCAUUGAACAUAACCGUAUCAUUAACACAGUUAGAGGUGGAGCCACCAGUGGGAUGAAGAAAGAAAGUGAUACCUUAGGAUCGGUUUCCGGUGCUACCAAUAAGUCUCAGACUCCUGGUAUUCCUGGAGCAUCAAAAGUUGAACUACCCGUUUUGGAGCCACCAUCUGAUCAAAAGAGAGUAGUUGAGAAAAUUGUUGAGUUCAUAUUAAAGAAUGGCAGACAGUUUGAAGCUAUUCUUGCUGAACAGAACUGUAAACAGGGAAGAUUUUUGUUCCUUCUGCCAUCUAAUCAAUAUCAUGCUUACUACUUGAAAGUUCUCCAAGAUGCUCAAGAGUCCAAGUUACACGGCAAGCAGAUAGUUUCUGAGAAACAAGAAUUGGCUGGGCGUGUGGUGGACAAGAAAGCUGCCAAGGGCAGUGAUUCCUUCUCCUCAGGAUCUGCCAGUCAUGAAGUAACUUUUGAUUAUGACAGGAAAGAAAAAUUUAAGAUGGUAAUCGGCAAGUCAAAGAAGGAUGGGCAUGAUCCGCCUUCUGAAUCAAACCAGCCAGAAGUCGGAAUCAGUGUGGAUGCAGUUGCAGCUAUUCUUCAGGCUGCAACAAGAGGCUUUAAGAAUCCGGCUUUAGACAUAUUCCAAAAACCAUCUUCAAGUGGUGUUGGUCAGGGUUCUAGCAAUGAUGGUGGACAAGAUUUGAGCUCUGGAAGUCAAAAGGCAUAUUGUUCUGGUCGUGUUGGUCAAGUAACUAAUGUUCCUGUUCCUGUUGCCAAGGCUAUUGCAGAGACGGCUGCUCUUGCAGCUGCAAGUGAGGCCGACUCCUCUGAAGCAUCUUUGAGUAAAGAGCAGAAACUGAAGGCUGAAAGAUUGAAACGAGCAAAGAUGUUUGCUGCCAUGUUAAAAGGUGGAUCUGCUCCUUUGAAAGCGGAAUCAGUACGUGGCGUAUCUAUUGAUCCACCAGAAUCUGGGGUUUCUUCAUCAGGAAAUGAGGUUUUAAAUCUUGUAACCAAAGAAAGAAAAGGGGGUUCAUCCCCAUUGGAAGUUGAUAUCGCAGAUAAGGUGGAGGACUAUGACAAGAAAGUUGCUGUUGAUAAAUGUAAUGAGCGACGAUCAAAGAAGACCUUCCGUACUCUUUCUAAAAGGGUUGAAGAAGAAGAAGAUGGUGAAAGUGACAAUGAUGAUGAAGAGAACAAGGAAGAAGAUACAAAGAGUCACAAGCACUCUAAGAAGCGUCGGUCUCAUUAUUCCUCAGACAAUGUUAGGGACAGGCAUAGGCACAAAAGGCAUUCCUCUUCCAAGGACAGAGAUUCUAGACACCGUCAUAAGCAUGAGAGGUCUGAUGAGAAGCAUCGGCACUCUCAGAGUAAGCAUAAGAUUAAUAGCUCUUACGAUGAACAUCAGCCUUCGAAAAGGCAUCGGCAUCAUAGCUCAUCUGACGAUGAUCAUUGGCGCUCUGAAUGCCAGCAUACUCAUAGUGAACAUCGAACUUCUCGAAGUAGGCGCAAGCACAAUGACUCUUCUGAGCGCCGGCAUUCUCGGAGGCAGCAUAAUCAUGGUAGUUCGUCUGAGGACGAGCACCGGCAUCAAAGGACAGCUGCAAAGCAUAAUGAACCUGAUUCUGAACGAAACAUGGAAUUAGAGGAAGGAGAGAUCUUUUCAAAGCCGGAUCAAUCAAUGGUUGGUAGUGGCGGUAAUGCUAGUAGAGAAGCUUCUGCAGAUACUUUGAAAUCAGAUGAAAUUGGGAGAGCCCCAUCUCAGCCUUCUGGUGCCACUGUGGUUUCAGAUGAUCUUAGGGCCAAAAUUCGAGCUAUGUUGAUGGCAACGUUGUAACAGGUGUGACUUUGUUCUUGUUUAGUAUAAAAACACUAAUCUAUCUGUGAAGAUAGAAUUAUUUACCACUAAUUUAUAAAUUUAGGAUUUCACUUCAA